CGAGAGCAGUCAGUCAUCAGCAGCAGCAGGAGGUGUCCACCUCAUCGGAGUGGGGCGGUAACUGAGAGUGCGAAGUGGCGGGGUGACUCUUCUCAAGACCUAAUUUUCCCUGCCAGGUUCCCUCACUUCUCACCCCGCCACCGACCCAGCCUCGUGAUCUCCUGGAGCUCUCGCUUCCUGCCCUCCUCUCGUCUCGUCUCUCCUCGCCCGACGUCCCUCGCCCGCUCUCACGACGACGCUAUCACCUUUCCUUGCCCCCGCUGGCUCGCACGCGCGCUUGAUUCUGAGUGUUUUCGAAAUCUUCCCUCGCCUUCACUCUCUCAGCGGUGCUUUCUUGGUGGGUUUCCUUUUCCUGCCGUCAAUGUCUCACAACGCUUUUUAGUUCUACGUCGCAAGACUUGUCCUCGCUUUCCGAGUGUCGAGUUCGAAGGCCCGCUGUUUCUCAUGUGAGAGGAAGGUGUCUGAGCUGCUAUUCAUCCUUUUCUGCCAAGAUUUACCCCCUGUUAUCGUCCGUCUCACCUGCCAAGUGGUUUUAUCGAGACUGCUGGUGGUACACACGAGUUGCUAAUAGCCGUUUCCUCCUUCAAGCAGUUUAAGUAGUAUGGGAGAUCAAGAGUUUGCGGAGCAGCAUGUGGAAAUGGCCGUAGCCGAUGAGCCAAUGGAGGACGCGGCCAUGGUUGAUAUCGCCAAGAAAGGCUCCCCUGAACAUGGUGGAGAGGCAAACGGAAGUGCCGAGCCUGUCGAGAUCAGCCCAGAGGAGUUACCAGCACCGGAAGAGCCCGCUCCUACCACCGAAGAGGACCGACUAUGGGCGGUAGUGAAGGCGAAUUCAUUGGACUUCAAUGCGUGGACCCUUCUCAUCCAGGAGACAGAGAAGCUUGAGAACAUCUUGAAGAUACGGAAAGUUUACGACUCGUUUUUGGGGGAGUUUCCUCUCUGCUACGGAUACUGGAAGAAGUACGCGGACCAUGAAGCAAGAUUGGGGACGCCUGAGAAGAUCGUCGAGGUGUAUGAGCGAGCAGUGAGAGCCGUGACGUACUCCGUGGACAUUUGGAUGCACUAUUGUUCUUACGCGAUGGAGAAAAUCGAAGACCCGGAAGAAAUACGCAGGUUAUUUGAGAGAGGGAUUACUUACGUAGGGACCGACUAUCUGUCACAUCUUCUGUGGGAUAAGUACAUCGAUUUCGAGUAUACACAACAGGAGUGGAGCAGACUGGCGCAGCUGUACACUCGUAUUGUACAAAUUUCCCUCCAUCAGCUGGACCGUUACUACAACAGCUUCAAGCAAAUCGCGAGCAGCAGACCGAUCUCCGAGUUGCGAAGUGCGGAUGAAGCCGCAGAAGCUGCUAUCGCUGCUUCCUCGACUGUUGAGACCGCUGCCGCGGAGGAUGGAGUUGAGGCACCUCCUGGAGAUACAGAGGCACCAAAACUUGAGAAGUCCACCGAAACGGAAGACCUCGAAAAGUUCAUCGGAGUCCGAGAGGCGCUUUACAAGAAAGCGAAAGACUGGGACGCCAAAAUCCGCGACUUUGAGACAGCCAUCAGAAGGCCGUAUUUUCACGUGAAGCCCCUUGAUGACAUGCAGCUCGGAAAUUGGCACAGGUACCUCGAGUUCAUUGAGAAGGAAGGCGACACCGAGAAGGUUGUCAAACUCUACGAAAGGUGUCUUAUAGCGUGCGCGAACUACCCCGAGUACUGGAUCAGGUACGUUCAGCGAAUGGAGGAGGAAGGAAAUAUGGAGGCUGCCGCGGACGCUCUUACACGAUCCACCGAAAUCUUUGUUAAGAGGCGGCCUGAAAUUCACCUGUUCGCUGCCAGAUUCAAAGAGUUUCAAGGCGACAUUAAGGGUGCACGUGCGGAGUAUGAGCUUUUGAGUUCUGACCUUGCUCCUGGACUAUUGGAGGCGGUAAUAAAGCACGCCAACUUUGAACACAGACAGGGUAAUCCUGAGGCUGCAACAUCUCUGUUUGUUUCUGCCAUUGAGGCAGAGAAGGCUAAAGAGGAAUCUAGGGCCCUACCCUUGCUCUACAUCCAAUACGCGCGUUUUCUUGAUCAGAUCAUUGGAAGGACAGAUCAAGCGCGGGAAGUUUACAUGGAAGCUGUGUCGCACUUGCCUACGUCGAAAGUUCUAUGGGAGGCGGUGAUUCAUUUCGAAUCUAUCCACGCUGGCGAGAAGCGGGUUCCACGCCUGGACUCUCUUGUAGAACAAGCCACAGCUCCGUUCAGACCUGAUGGUUCGCAAGGUUUGAGUGCCGCUGAUCGUGAGGAGCUUUCAAGUAUCUACCUAGAGCUCGUAGAUCUGUUCGGUGACGUCGCUACUGUCAAGAAGGCCGAGCAAAGGCACAAGACAUUGUUUCCCCCGCGAAAGUCAUCUUCCGAAUCUAAGAAAAGGCCUUCUCCCGAGAGCGGUAGUGUCGCAGAACGGGCUAAAGUUCACAAGCCCUACGCAGGAGCACACACCGUAGCGUCUCCAGCACCUGCACCUCCAGCAUACGCAAAUGGGCAAGUGCAAUGGGGCGGAGGUUAUGGUCCUCAAGGAUAUGCCCAGCAGCCCCAAGGCUGGCAACCUCCACCCCAGGCCCCACCAGUGCAACCGCAACAGUGGAAUCCAGGCUACGGGGGUCAGCAGGAUGUACAGGGUGGAUAUGGAGGAUAUGGCGGAUAUGCCGCUUACGGGCCACCUCAGCAGCAGCCACCUCCUCAGCAACCAGCUGGUUACGGUGGAUAUCAAGGCUAUCCUCCACAGGAGGUGAACGGGUGGAACAAUGGUGGAUGGUGAUUUGCAGAGUAUGCACGGCAUGGUCUUGGCAUACUCCACGGAAUUCCCUCAACAGCCGGGAUACGCUCAAAGUGCCCCCACUUACAGGUCCCCUCCUCCCCCGGCUCCACCUCAGCCGUUGCCACCCACAGCUCAGCAAGCUGGAUACUAUGCUGGCUACUACUAGACUCUCUACUCUUGUGGAUACCAUCAUUACCCAGUAGCAGCAAGGAAACUAGGAUUAUACAGCAGUUCGUGACAAAAUUGGUAUCCAAAGUGUGGGAAACUGCCUUCUUGUUUUGCGAAGGAGUUAGUGUCUUCAAAAUGCCGGAAGUAACACUUUUUCAGUGGCCCACUUGGAUGAGAUUGUACAUCGCCCCAGGAUGCAGCAAAUCGAGAUUUAGAAAAUUUGUUUCAGGUUAUGUGCAAUAAAGAAGAUCUUUGCUC